AUGAAGAAGCUUGUGAUAGUAUUUAAACUCCUCAAACCAAUUGUUGCAGAACAAAAGGAACAUGGCUCAAAUUUACUGUAUCACGAAACACUUGUGCAUCUCUUCAAGUCCAAUAUUGGUUCAGGAUUAUACGCAAUGGGAGAUGCUAUGAAGAAUGGCGGUAUUAUCCUUGGACCUUGUCUAACACUCAUCAUUGCAACAGUUUGCGUGCAUUGCCAGCAUAUUCUCCUGCGGUGCUCAAGAAAGGUUCGAAACCAGAGUGGACUCGAUUCCACUCCGGACUAUGCAAAAACCGUUGAGCUAUGCUUUGCCAAUGGACCGGAAAGUCUAAGAUUCUGGUCCAAGGGAAUGGGAAUCACCGUCAACAUCUUCAUAUGCGUCAGUCAAUUGAGCUUCUGUUGCGUCAUAAUCGUCUUCAUCACCACAAACUUGCAGCAGAUUUGGAACCAAUACAACAUCCCGAUCAACGAAUAUUGGAAUCUGAUAAUUUGCUGCACACCGAUACUUCUCAUCAAUCUGAUAACUAACCUUAGAGUUCUGGUGCCGUUUUCUCUUCUCGGCUCCAUUUGUAUCAUGCUCUGCACUUGCAUUACUUUGUUCUUCCUUCUGGACGACCUGCCGAAUCCUUCUGAGCGAAACUUCGUGGGGUCUUGGAAGACGUUGCCACUCUUCUUCGGCACGAACUUGUAUGCUUUUGAAGGCAUCGCUCUUGUGCUGCCGCUGCAAAACUCCAUGAAAGUGCCCCGAGAUUUCUACCGCCCGGCAGGAGUUCUCAACAUAGGGAUGAUCUUGGUCACGAGUUUGCUGGGAGGAAUGGGCGUCUUGGGCUAUCUGAAGUAUGGCGAGGCAGUAGAGGGAAGUCUCAGUUUGAAUUUACCACUAAAUGAUCCAUUGGCGCAAGCUGCAAAAGCUCUCAUUUGCCUGGGAAUUUUAUUUGGAUAUCACUUGAUGUUCUUCGUGGCUGUUGAAAUAAUGUGGCCAAUUGUUAAGGAUAAGCUGAGAGUUUCUUCUCUUCUCCUUGGUGAACGUAUCUUCAGAGUAGCCCUGAUAAUAAUAACAAUGUUGAUUGCAAAGUUUGUUCCCAAAUUGAGUCUCUUCAUUUCCCUAAUCGGAGCUGUACUUUCAACUGCUCUGGCUCUGAUUUUCCCACCUCUAAUCGAUUUGCUUUGCAAAUGGGAGACCAAUAAAGGACUCAGAGCUGGAGUACUGAUGAAAAACAUCCUCAUUGUGCUGAUUGCCUUGCUAGGAUUCAUAACAUGUGGCUACGAGAGCCUUGUGCAGUUGAUCCGGGAAUUCUCUGUGUAG